AUGGAGCAACAAUAUUCUGUGAAGGAGUUAAAAGCUAUAGUGGACUACUUAAGCUUACACAAAGCAUACGGUGAAGUUACAGGAAAAAAGGUGUGGAUGGACUUAGCCGCCAGUUCUAAAGUUACAAACAGAACAUGGCAGAGUUUGAAGAACGCAUAUUUUAAACUAUGCCAUACUGAGUUGACCAAAACCCGUCAUCGUCUUCAUCCAAAGCAAGGCAUAUGUUCAACUAGUAAAGAUUGUGAAGAUGAUGAAGUGCAACAACUAGUUGAAUCAGAAGAAGAAAUAAUUGACAGAAACUCAGCUAACGAAAAAGAAGGCGAAAGAGAAAAAAAUUUCUCAAGCUUAACUACCCUUAAUCUCUCAAUUAUUAAUGAAAAAUAUAGCUCCCAGGCCAAAAAUGCUGAAAAAAGGAUGUCUGAUAUAAGCCAGAAUAAUUCAAAUCAGGAAGCUUUGCAAGAAAACAGUAAUCUACGUUCGAACAAAAAUCUAGAAAAUGGUCUAAAAAGAGCUAACUCUCAGGAAUUGGAAAAAAAAAACAACAAAAGAAUAUCAUGUGGGACCGGUCGUAGAUCGUUGAAUACAGAACGUCGCAAAUGUACCAUUUCACACUCUUCGGAAAUGUUAAGUCUAUCACUUCCAGUAUUAUCACUUAGAGAGGAUUGCGGACCUGUGGAGGAUAAUAACGCUGUAGUUCAAAAUGGGCAAUCUCCUAACAACAAUGACACUUGUACGCGCGAAGACGAAUUAGCUCAAGACGUAGUUUUUUGGAAGCUGUUAUACUCUAAGGAAAAAGAAAAGACUGAAGAAUUGAGAAAGUUGAUAAACCAGACGAAGGGAGAAGAAUCGCAAAGGAAGAGGCGCUAA